CGACCUGCUUGGUAGUUAUCUUACUCGUGGAAUAGGUUAUACGACAUAAGUCAAAAUAUUUAAAAAAAUAUCUAAAUAAUCCGGUUCGUUAAGGCUACGAAAACAAUAUUAUGAUUACGUUGAAAUAAUUUAUUACUUUGUGACGCCUUUUAAUGUUCUAUUGAUCGACGAAAACUUGGAUAAUGGCUGAAAAUGUUGCUCAUUGCGAUGACGAGUUUUUACGUUCCAUCAAAACACUUCUCUGGGGUAGCACUGUCAAAGAAGAUGUCUUUAAACGGUGGGCUCAAGGGUUCUAUUUUAGUCCAGAUGAACCUACCGCAUUAAUACAAACAGAAGGCGGACCCUGCGCAGUAAUAGCACCUGUUCAAGCUUUCAUUUUAAAGCAGCUGCUUUCUGAAGUUGAUAUUUCAACCUGGAGAAGUAUAAAUUUAGACAAAUGUUAUCAGCUUCUUGUGCGAGCUGCUGUGGAAAUUUUAAAGCAAGUUGCAGGAGAAAACGGUCCAAAGUUUUCUAUCGUGUAUAUGGCGUGUCAGUCUGCAAACGAAGAAAAUGAAGAUAAAAGUAGAUGGUCAAUAAAAGUGUCAAAAAUAGAAAGCGAAGAUGAAGAAACAAAUGUAGAAAAUAAAGAGGUUGAUAAAAAGAAGGACAAAACGUUAAACAAAGAAGCGAACGAGGAUACCAAAAGCGUGCAUCCUGAUGUCUUUCAUUCUCAGUUGAGGUUAUUUACAACGAAUGUUUCGGAACAUGUGGAAGAAUUCUUAUCGGAGAGGUUGGAAAUGUUGAAAGACCGAUACGGUAUCUUAUUGCUUCUUUAUAGCGUAAUUGUUACAAAAGGUGUUACCGAAAUUCAUCUUGAAAUGCAGGAUUUAGAAAGUAAUGAUUUAGAAGCAAUGAUUGAUUCAACAUAUGGUUACGGUAGUCAAAGUCUCAUAAAUUUGAUACUUACUGGCAGGGCAGUCAGUCAUGUAUGGGAUUAUGAUCAAACCAUUGGAGAUCUCAAAUUGCGAGGAAUAGAUAAGCAGAAUUCUGUAGGAUUCCUUGCACUUCUUGAACAUUUACGUUACUGCGAAGUGGGGACGUUCUUAAAGUCUCCAUCACAUCCUGUUUGGGUAUUGGGUUCAGAAACGCACUUGAGCGUCAUUUUCUCUACUGAGAAAAGAUUGGUGAGUCCGGAGACACCUGCAGAACAAGCAAAAAGAGUUUUUAGAAAGUUCGAUCACGAAGGAAAUAAUUUCAUUCCUGCUAGCCUGUUGCAAGAUCUUCUUGCUGAACUCGGUUUAGUCGCAGAUGCAGAGUACGUUGAUAUAAUGAGGAAAAAAUUGGAUAGCGAAAACUUGGGGAUUAUUUUACGUUCUUCCUUUAUGGAUGAAUUCUUUCCCGAGGAAUCACGGACUUGUCCCGACAUAUUUCCGUUAUAUCAUUAUAAUGGCCUUCAACGUAGCAACUUCGAAAAUAAAGUGAUGUAUCGUAAAGGUCAAGCGGUGUUAUUGGAAUGUACAAUUAAGGGUAUUUUGGAAAGCAAUCCCAUGUUGACAGUACUUCAAACAAAGUGGCCCAGAAUCGAAGUCCAAUGGGACGAUGGACAGACUCCGAGCCUUAAUUAAUAUGUGUUGCUCAGAUUGUAUUUUUAACGAUAUUGUUGGAGUUUCUAUAUAAGGAAACCAGUGACUAAAUUAUAAAACGAUUUGAAAAAAGUGCCGGUCUAAACAACAUACAAUUUAACCAGGAAGAUGUUUUUAUGCUUGAUAAAGCUAGAGGUGUUCAGUUACAAAACUAUUAUUCAAUGGGGGAAAAACAUGUUAAAAACGUUUAAUAGUAAUUAGAAUUGGUUUUUCCAUUUUUAUUACGCCAAUACCAUAGAAAAUUGAAGUUAUUCAAAUACACUGUCCGACAAAUUCAAACUUUCUUUCUGCCUUUCGAUAACUACUGGAUGAUCGUUGUAGAGCUUCGCUCUCCAUAUAAGAAUCUGGAAGCCGAACUGCUCUAUCAUCCUCAGUUUUUAAAAAAUACGAGUUUUUGUAAAAGUUCAGGAUUUUUGUCGAAAACCUUGGGUUUUUAGAAAAACUCGUGUUAUUCGCAAACUGAGCAAUUCGGCUUUCAGAUUCGAGGCUCCACAAGAAUUACCCAGUGAUUAUUGAAAGACAAAAUUCGUGUCGGAUAGAGUUAUCUAAAAACGAAUUUAGUUUUUUACAAACGAAAUUCAAGUCUGAAAUAAAUCUGUGUCGCUGUUAAAUAAAAUUUUAAGUAUACUUUGUACACUAAUAUCACAGCGAUUAUGUUAUAUUUCUGCAAGUUUAGAAGAAACUUGGCAAUUUGUAUAUUAUCUAUUAGUUUAUUGUUUUUAUAUAACAUCAAAUAAGUUAUAGUUAUUUGAUCGUUUAAUUCACUCAAUGGGAGAGAAGGAACGUACUAAUCAAUAGAAGAAAAAGAAAAUUAAAUAGACGAAAAAUGAGAGAUAAGUAACAAAAUUUACAAGAUGAUUUUGAUUACUAAACGUGAAAUUCAUAAAUAACGCGUUCAGUGUAAUACAAAAUACGAAGUGUGGUUAAAUGCAAAAGAAUGAAAAAGAUAUAAAAUAUGUAACAAAGAGAAAUUGGGGUGCAAGAAGAAUGAGAAAGAAAAAUGAUAGAUGACUAUGUACAAUCUGCAUAAGUCGUACAUAAUCUAAAUAUAUAAUUUACUUUAAAGUAAUAGUCUAGUCACUUUCUACGGUUUUCAACAACGUUUUUUUUUACUAUUCCUAUAUUUCAGGUUGAACAUUAUAGUUAAAUCAAUUUUUGUAAUUUUUAUGUUAUUAUCUUCGGCAAUAUACAUAUACAUAAGUAUUUUAUCUGAUUGGAAAAGCAGGGAAAUACACGGGUACAAUAGAAUUUUUUAGGACUCUACUAAUUAAUUUUGUCCUGUCAGUAUUUAAUAAUUUAAAUUUGUUCUUUGAAACGUUUGAACGUAUAAAAUACAUUGAUUGCAUCAAUAACGCUGGUUUCAUUGAUUGACUUCGAACACCGACGAGAUGGUGUGAGAGAAUAAAACAAAUUUGAUUUAUAUAAAUUAACGUAUAGUUCUUUAAGUAACAAACACAGUAGGCGCAAGAUGUGGAAAUAAAUGUGAUGGGUUGUGCAGAAGACUCGUUCGUAAAGAUGUUUAUUCAACUGCUUGCUUCUUUCGCGCGAAAAGGUUCAAUACCUCUCAACCAACCAUCUCCUCUUAUUUCCGAAAUAUAAAGAGUCGGAAAAGCUAUACACACAUUUUUGUUUUUAACGCGGGGAAAUUCUCAUAGAUACUGGCUGCACGUGACCCGUUUGUAGGCAGUGCAUGGGGCGUGGCUUCGGGGCUUCUAUCCCUGGUGGCGGACUAGCUCACCAUAAUUUUACCCACUGCCGCUAAUUUACGGCCGGCAGUUAGGGGGCACCUCAUCCAUAGGUUCAACGUGGCCUGGAAUAUUCCAAGGUCAGCAUCUAAAAUCGACGACAUAGAAUUUCUUUCCUCCGCCAAAAUGGGAAAAAGGGCGAUGAUUUAAGAAAAGGGAUCCACCCUCGAAUCUUCGAAAAGGCGUUAUCUUUUCCGCAGACGCGUAUAAAUAUACCAAACAGACACGAGUUCGACACAAUCUGUAGAGAUAGCCACACGUCUUCGUUUCAAAUAAAA